AUGAAUGAAUCUACUGAAAUGGAGAUUGAUAGUAAUUGGAUGGAGCUUUACGAAAGCACGAUAUUCGAUACCAAUGUGAUGAAGCUGAAAUAUUACGACAUUUAUUCUGAUCACAGAUAUUAUCUUCAUGGGUCAGACGUUAAACUAUGUGAUUUGUUGAAAUUAUUUGUUAAUGAAAAGCAGCGUUUUGAUACAUGUUUGCUUCGAAAUGAAAGAAGGGAAAUGAAAAUCGCAAAUUUACUUUAUAAAGUACUUCAAGAAGAUUUAAAUUUCUGA